AAUAUGGCGUCUGCGAGAACCUGCGGAAGUUGGAGAUCACCGGCGUAUCUUGUCGAGAUGUGUAUGCCAAGCGAAUUCCGGACGUGGCUACGAGAAGAAUGGGGCCGGACGCUGGAGGACAUUUUCCAUGAACAUAUGCAGGAGCUCAUCUUGAUGAAGUUCAUCUACACAAGCCAAUACGACAACUGCUUAACAUACCGGCGCAUUUACCUCCCUCCGCGCAGCCCGGAGUAUCUGAUCCAGCCAGGCCUUUUCAAAGGGACCUAUGGGAGCCAUGGCCUUGAAAUCGUCAUGCUCAGCUUCCACGGGAAAAAGGCCAAGGGCACCAAAAUCACGGGCGAUCCCAACAUCCCAGCCGGCCAGCAGACGGUCGAGAUCGACCUUGCCCAUCCCAUCCAGCUGCCUGACAUUGAAAACCUGAGCAACUUCAGCGAGCUCUCCCGGAUCGUGCUGGAGGUCCGCGAACAGGUGCGUCGGGAGCAGCAGCAGCAGGAAGAAGGCUCGGCGGAGGAGGCGGGGCCGGAAGCCGCAGGCCAGCAGCAGCAGGAGGAGGAGGACGGGGCUGGAUCGGAGGCAGCGGGAGAAGGAGCAGCCGCCUCUGUCUCCCCACCUGAGCCCUGCCCCUUCGUCCUGCCUGGCGGGAUCGCCUCCCGAAACGAGGAUUAUCCCCGCACCUGCAGAGCAUGCUUCUAUGGGACGGGCCUCAUCGCCGGACACGGCUUCACCAGUCCCGAACGAACCCCCGGCGUUUUCGUUUUGUUUGACGAUGACCGUUUCGGCUUCAUCUGGUUAGAGCUGCAGUCGUUCAGCCUCUACAGCCGGAUCAAAGUCUCCUUCCAGAACGCCGAGGCGCCUUCGCCGGAAGCUUUUGACGAGAUGCUGAAGAACAUUCAGUUACUGACCUCAUGAUGGUGGCCAUCCAGGAACCUGAGGAAGGAAGGAUCCCCUUCUCCCCAUGGCGGGGGUCUGGGUGCCCGACCUCGGCGUGAGAGGCCACGGCGUCCUUCUCUAUCCGGCCUUUUUAUCAAAUUGUAUCCUAUCUCCUCCUCCUCUGUGCGCUAACGUUCCUUCCCCAAUACGUGAUGUAUAGUUUGUAAUAUAGCUUUAUUAUAUUGGGAGGGCAGCUUGCA